UUGUGUUUCAACCGAAACCGAUCUUGAAAUAUUAAAUUUUUGUUCUAUCCUUGAAUUGGAGCCCUUGCAAAUUUGAAAAUUGCGGGCGUUGGGAUUUGGAUUCCUCUAAUGUCAUUUCAAUCCCAUUCGCAUCUAUACUUCAAAGUAAUGUUAUUCAAUAUCGACAGAGAGUCAACAAGCGUGUCCAAUCUACCGUGAAGAAAAGUAUCUUAGUAAUGGCUAACUUAGCGGCGGCAUUUUCUGGUGUUUUUACAAAAUCGAGAGCAGUGGCACUUCUUCAAUACACCACAGUUCGCUUUCGGCGAAAACCACGCUGGCUCGGUACAGCCAAGAGCAAACUGUUUCGUGUGCCGGAACGCAAGAAACAGAUCGAGGAGGAGAUAGAAGAGCUAAAACGAUUGCACAAUAACUAUCGCACUCAAAUGAAAGCGGUACGCAACUUUCUGAGGGAUGAAGUAGAAGCGUACAAGCUAGUUUCUCGGGCCGGUCUAGUACUGCAAACUCCCGAACAAGAGGAAGCGGAAUGGCAGGAAGCGUUGCGCAGAAACGACGAGUGGAACCAGCAAACAGCUGUAAAACGUGAAGAAAGGUUGGCUACAGAACGGGCGGCUCGCAAGGAGUACAUACUGGAAAGGCUAGUCCUAAAGGAGCAACGGGAAAUAGAUAAAAAGGAGCAGGUUGAAGCGAAGGUGCGCAUCGAGAAAGAACUGUCGAAAACAUUCAUCACGCGCGAAAACAUCGACAAGGCGAUCGAACUGGCACUAGUGCAACCAACCACGUUUAACUUUGCUCUAGACCGUGAUGGGAAUCUGCACCGAGCUGCGGAUACUACGCCCAAAGAAACCAAUCAACAAAGCUAGAUAUCCGCCUAGUGUCGUAUAUUUCAUGUAGAAUUCUUGAAUAAAUAUUCCCAGUCUGGGGAUGCAUUCAGCUUUGCGUUGAUAGUGCUGAUGUUAAUU